UUGAAACGUCAAAAACUGAAGAAUCGUUAACUGGAGCGUGAAGUCCAACCCGGGGCAGGGCAUGCUGACCAGCCCACACCAGACCGAUUUUUACAGCCUACAGAUAAAUCUACAAUUAAGAUAAAGCACAGCGAUAACGUCCAUUAUUCUAAAUGCGACUGUAUUGACACGAGAUGGAUGUUUAUCACAAUAUGAUGAAGUGUUAGCGUAUCUCGUUAACACGGUGACUACCCCUCCACAUACAAGACCUAGUCCCGGAGAGAGAGGCGCUGAUUCUGUGUGGGUCGGCUGAGCAGUGCACACGACUCCUUGGAUACUAUACAACAGUGGCGGUAUGGCCGGACAGGACAUAUGUCUUUUACUUGGUAUAGUGGCGAUGUGUUUAUUGAAGAUCGGAUCAGCGUCGGCUCUGGUUACAGGGAUAGACAGAGGGACGACUUCAUGUUUGAAGAUCCACGGCAGUGUGAAGAUAGCAGUGGAGAAGGGUGAUUAUGGUUACAUCUCGUCAUUAGAUUACCCGGACAAUUACACUGUCAAUCAUUACCAUGGUCACGCCUGUAACGUGGAAAUUAGGGCGUGUUCUACGUGUAGACUCCGCCUCCAACUCGUUGAUGUCCACUUCCCAGAGUGCCCUUCCCACAGGAAGACAAAACACCGGAACUUGUGUAUGCCUGGUUGUGACCAUGUACAAAUACACGAAGUAGACAAACCUUACAACGGCCUCUAUCGACGGAACUACCAUAGCGACGACACAAACGCCACCUAUGUGUCAAUAUCAUCUAGUGUCCGGAUACGUCAUUGUAUGUCUAAUGGGACAGGCGAAACGGGCAAGAGGUUCCGGAUCAAAUACCAGGUAAUUGAGAAGCGAGAGAUGAGGACAGGCUCGGUGUCAUCAGUAUCGUCUGAUCCGGCUGACGGCGGACACAUCACGUCACCAAACUUUCCCAAUGGUUAUGCUCUCAACGAGGAGACCUUCACCUACACUAUUCACAACCUUGACCCCUACGGUCACAUCCGGCUCACAUUUGAUGACUGGCACAUCGCAAGCGUGAGUCAAAUACAGAUAUAUGACGGCCUACAUGCGUCAUCGCCAUCCAUGGUGUUUGGCAAACAACAGCGCCCCCUGUUUGUAUCGGAAUCGAACACCAUCAUUGUUGUGUUCAAUACGGGCAAAACCACACACAGGUGUUGUCAGCAUAUCGGCUUCAAAGCCACGUACCAGUUCGUUUCCGAAAAGCGAUGGGACAAGAGACCCAGUACUAAUUGCAGUUCCUUAGUCCAUGCCAAGACGGGCGGGAAACUGGAGAUAGGCCACGCCUUCCCCUCACUCCCGGGUGUGUACGAUUGUAUUUGGAUCAUACGAAGACAUGAAAACAUGCAAGGAAUGUUGUUGAGACUGACAGACUACUCUUUAGGCGAUGGAUGGCUUGACGUCGGUAGCAAUGCCCUGGAUAUCCAUGAUGGUCUUACAUCUGUUGGCCCCCAGAUCACGCGAUUCAUAUCCACCAACCUGACAACAGGGUCAUGGUUGUCUAGUACGGAGGGAUUCUACAUCCGGCUCAGAGGAACCUUCUAUCCGGAAGACAGCCUCACUUUCGUAUACACAGCUGUGGAUAAUGUCACAGACGACGGUUGCCCCAACAAAGCUGACUAUCUGUGUAGUAACCUGUGGUGUAUAGACCGCCAUCUUACCUGUGAUGGUGUGGAUCACUGUGGAGACAACUCGGACGAGAGUCCUGAGCCCAUGUGUUCUAUAUCAAAGUUAUGGAAAAUAGAGUUAGGCUGGUCCUUGCCGCCGGAACCGUCGACAACACUGGACCCGUGUAGCGGUGGGUUUCAUUGUCGGAGUAACUACCUCUGUAUCCCAAUGUCGAAUAUCUGUGACGGUGUGUACGACUGUGAUGACAGAUCGGACGAAAUUUAUUGUGCAUACUACAGAGAGGCACAGGCACAGAAUGGUGUUCAAGGUCAUCUUUAUAUAAACACAAAUUAUUUACUUAUGUUAUGGCUGAUGUUACAAAUUAUUUACACGAAAUUAUUAUGAUACCAAGUGUCCUGUAAUAAUGUUAUUAUUGUGUCUGUUUAGUUUUACUCGCUCAUUUUCAAUGUCGUUAUGUUUAAGCUGAUCAUAGAAUAUGUGAAUUAAGAUGAAGAUCAUAUGGACUAGAUAUAUUGAAUGCUCUCAUGAAAAUACAGUAUGUAACAAUAGAACCUGUCUAUAAAGGCCACAUUUGCGGGUCCCAUUGUAACAUUCAUGGUGCAGUAACUUGUUAUACACAAUAUCCGUUUGUGAUAUUGAUUACAUCGAUACUGUCAUAGUGAUAAACAAAUCCCUACUGACUGUGUUCCUUUAUCAUCUUCAUAGCCCAGUUGUUAAAAAAGGUUACUAGUUCUAAUCACUUAAUUAGUGAGAAUACCAUUGCUUAAAAAUAUAUAUAUAUAUAGCUUAAUAGAAAAUGUUGUCAAGUCAGUUUUACCAGAAAUGAUUUACCUGGAAUUUAACAUUGUUUUGAAACUAUGGUUAUCGUAAUCACCUUUUGAACAACUUGGCCCGGAUUUACAGUUUAUUAGUUAAUAAUGUAUUAAUCAUUAAAAGCAUUAACACGUCGGUGUUACCUGUUUAAUGACGGGAGCUUACUUUGAAUAAUACAAUAGUAUAUGUAUUUUAGUAUUUGGGUAUUAAGGCGAACGUCUAUGGCCCCUCGUCUCGAUUCAGCCAUCUGCGGCGUGUUAAAAAUAAUGUCCAUUAUCGUAAGGUCGUACUCAGUGAGCCCUCCCAUAGCUGGUCAUAUGUAAUGGCCGUUAGAUAUCCACUGAAUAUUUUGGGAUGAUUUUUUUUCAAACUUCAAUGAUAAGGCAAUGCAAAGCCUAAAAUCAAUACGAAAGUUUAUGACUACUUACUUCUAAGAACACAAGCUUGUUGCAUGGUCUGGUUGCCAGUGCUUACACGUCGUUUCUAAUGACUACUUAAUCCAGGUUGUCAUGAUUAUACAAACGGUAAAAAUGUUUGUCAAAAGUCAUUUGGAAGAGAAAGAGCACUAAGUAUUAUAAACCUUUAUCCUCAGCAUGACAAUUCCAUGUAAGCUUGUUGUGUUCACGACCAGCGCAGUGCUGUCCUUGAUAGAGAACUAGAGACCUACCGAAACAUUGUGUGAAACGCCAUAAGGCAUCCUACUGUUAAAGAUGUCUCAUUUAUCUCAAACUAAUGAUAUAUCCCUUUUUUACAAGGUUUAACUACAUUUAUAAACAGAAGUGGAAAGUUUAUCUCCUAUAAUUCAAAAGAUAUCUCUGUGAGUAGCUGUCUUGCGCUUGUUAAUGCUUUAUCAGAAUCGGUUUUUUAAAACAAAUAUUCAGGGUUGUAGAGGUAAACUAUAUAUCUGCCGCCUGAAGGCACAAUCUGAUUAAAGUACAGACCACCGUUAUACACUAGGUUACACUUCAUGACGUAGUGUACACUGCACUUUAAUCUGGUUACUAAAGGCAACAUGAUCUGGUUACUAUAGACAACAUAAUAUGGUUACUAUAGGCAGUAUAAUCUGGUUAUUAUAGGCAACAUAAUCUGGUUAUUAUAUACAACAUAAUCUGGUUACUAUCGGCAGUAUAAUCUGGUUACUAUAGGCAACAUAAUCUGGUUACUAUAGGCAGUAUAAUCUGGUUACUAUAGGCAACAUAAUCUGGUUACUAUAGGCAACAUAAUCUGGUUAUUAUAGACAACAUAAUCUGGUUAUUAUAGACAACAUAAUCUGGUUAUUAUAGACAACAUAAUCUGGUUACUAUAGGCAACAUAAUCUGGUUACUAUAGGCAACAUAAUCUGGUUACUAUAGACAACAUAAUCUGGUUACUAUAGACAACAUAAUCUGGUUACUAUAGGCAAAAUAAUCUGGUUACUAUAGGCAGUAUAAUAUGGUUAUGACCGGGUAUAGGGAGUAUAAUCAUGUUACUAUAGGCAACAUAAUCUGGUUACUAUAGGCAGUAUAAUCUGGUUACUGUAGGCAGUAUAAUCUGGUUACUAUAGGCAACAUAAUCUGGUUACUAUAGGCAGUAUAAUCUGGUUACUAUAGGCGUCAUAAUCUGGUUAUUAUAGGCAACAUAAUCUGGUUACUAUAGGCAGUAUAAUCUGGUUACUAUAGGCAACAUAAUCUGGUUACUAUAGGCAACAUAAUCUGGUUACUAUAGGGAGUAUAAUCUGGUUACUAUAGGCAACAUAAUCUGGUUACUAUAGGCAACAUAAUCUGGUUAUUAUAGGCAACAUAAUCUGGUUACUAUAGACAAAAUAAUCUGGUUACUAUAGGCAACAUAAUCUGGUUACUAUAGGGAGUAUAAUCAGGUUGAUAUAGGCAGCAUAAACAGGUUGCUAUAAGCAGUAUAAUCAGAUUGCUAUAGGUGGUUUAUAUCAGGUUGUUAUUAGCAGUAUAAUCAGGUUACUAUAGGCAGCAUAAACAGGUUGCUAUAAGCAGUAUAAUCAGAUUGCUAUAGGCAGCAUAAACAGAUUGUUAUUAGCAGUAUAAACAGAUUGCUAUAGGUGGUUUAUAUCAGGUUGGUAUUAGCAGUAUAAUCAGGUUACUAUAGGCAGCAUAAACAGGUUGCUAUAAGCAGUAUAAUCAGAUUGCUAUAGGCAGCAUAAACAGAUUGUUAUUAGCAGUAUAAACAGAUUGCUAUAGGUGGUUUAUAUCAGGUUGGUAUUAGCAGUAUAAUCAGGUUACUAUAGGCAGCAUAAACAGGUUGCUAUAAGCAGUAUAAUCAGAUUGCUAUAGGCAGCAUAAACAGAUUGUUAUUAGCAGUAUAAACAGAUUGCUAUAGGUGGUUUAUAUCAGGUUGUUAUUAGCAGUAUAAUCAGAUUGCUAUAGGUGGUUUAUAUCAGAUUGGUAUUAGCAGUAUAAUCAGAUUGCUAUAGGUGGUUUAUAUCAGGUUGGUGUUAGCAGUACGCCGUAUAGAUUUCGCCUAUUGUAUGCGCGUAUCAAUCUUGCGAAUGUGAUUACGAUUUUUUUUUAAAUAUUUGUUACUUUUCCAAGUUAAAUGAGACUUAUAGCGUCUUCAUGUGCACUAGGAUAACUGAAUGUAAUCCGAAUACACCAGCAGUACAUUGCAACUUUACAGCCUCUCUUUCAAUUAUACACUCAUUUUGACCAAUGGAAAUCGGUUACAUCAGUUGUUUAAUGUCCUAUCAACAGCUAGGGUCAUAACGGUUAUAUAAUCACAGAAAUGGUACAUUGUAAUCAAUAUGGCUUUCCAAAGAUGUUAGAUAGUAUAUAUUGUUUAGGAAUUCUCGUGUGAUGACAGUGCUAAUUUCAAUUAGUUAGCACGCUUAAUUCCCUAUGCAUGUUAUAUAACCUUCAAUAUCCGAUGGAAUCUAUUUUCUAAUAAUAGGGACAAACGGUAGUUGAAAAAACAUUUCUUUAAAUAUUAAAACAUGUUUUAAGUAUCGAAACUUUUUUUUCAUAAUUGUCAGUAGUUCCACAAAUGUUUUAAAUAUCGUUCUAUUCUCAACUUAGAGCCAGCUCAAUUGAUAUAACUUUAGUGAUAUGGCGAAAUAUUGUCUGUGAGGAAAAAAAAAGUCAGUUACAGGACAUAUAGAAGCGUAUAUAUCAAGCAACCAUUCUUUUGCUAUCGCUCUCAUUGAAUCCUGGUUAAAACUGUGUUUCUAUCUUUCCUUUUAAACGUUUUAGAUUGUGAAACUGUAUUCGCACUAUAUUAUUUUAUUCGAGCGUUACAGUACCCGAUAUAUAUAGUCUCCAUCAAUAUAUUUUUAGAAAUCUCUGAAUGAAAUAAAUGAAUAUUGCUUCAAAUAUUCAUUUUAAUUUAUAAUGCACAAAGCAGACAUUAUCACGUGUUCUGUAGUAAAAAUUGAUUGUGUUUAGAUAUAAGAAUUUAUCUAUGCAAGGGGUUCAUGUUUAUCAAUAGAGAAGCGAGUGUCUAUUGUUAGAUUAAAUCGUGGCUGAGUCAUGGCUGUACACGCAUUGUUUUAUGUACUUCUGAAUUUCCUGUAAACGAGGUAGAUCCAUGUACCCAGGUUAUACAUGACCGACACCCAUUCGGUGGAAGAUCGGAACUCAAUUGUCAUGCAGCGUUAAUUGAAUUGCUAUGAGCCUUGUGAUACGAGUUAUAUUAUCGCAUUAAUUUGUACAUAACUAGUGGUGCCUUGUCCGUACUCGUUGUCUAUAUAGAAAUUGUUUUAAAUUAUUGGUGUUGUUUAAAAGUGUAUGUUUCAACAUUUGGUCUAUAUAUUUUUAUUAAAAUUGUUUCAUUCCAAUACGACUUUUUAGAAUGCGAUGUUGCAUCUCUGGAAAUAAAAUGUCAAAUAAACAA